AUGUUGAUAAGAGCUCGUGGAGCAAAUGCCACCGAUUGGGAUUUCGACCUCGAGUCCUUAGUUGUAAUGUCAGACCGUUUGCGACAGCUUUACGGUAGCACUGAACAUAUUCAGGCCCUUAGGUUACUAACGGAUCUGGAACCGCCUCGUCAUAUUGACAGUUUCGUAGUGGAAUAUGAAAUUAUGCUCGAUGCCUUUAUUAGUCACGCAGGAUGCCUUGCCGCAAGUGACGCUCUGUGGGUAGUCGUGUGGCAUAGGUCUAAUCUACACAAAUUCGAGCUUACACCACAAAUACACAGAUUAAUUGCAAUAUUCAGGAGGAUGAUGCACCUGCAUGUCAUGAAACGGCUAGUAGAGGACGUACACAAACGCACGUUGUUACAUCUAGAUGACAGUCAAACUAUAUACUCAAAAACAGAGGAGGAAUUUGAUAGGAUGAGAAAACUGCAUUCAGAAGAGAUCUCCUUUGCUCAAAAUCGUGUGUAUCAGCUCAUUGCUCAAGUAGAAGUCAUGUCGAAGUCGUACUAUCUGGCCGAGACAAACGCACGGGUAGGUACAAUGGAAACCUUUAUCACAAUGCAUCAGAAUUUGAAAGAGGAACUAGAACGUGCAUUAGAAGAAAAUCGUAUACUAUGUGAGCGUCUAGCAAGUGCCAGCGGCACAUAA